AUGCAUCGCACAUACUCUAUGCGCCAGUCGCGUGCGCCAACUGCGUCGCAGAUCCAGAACCCACCGCCUCCGUCGUCGUCGACCAAGGGCGGCCGUCUGUUCGGAAAGGCCAGCAUUGGCCACACCUUCCGAAAGUCCGUCCAUGUCGGUGCCUUCGGCCCAGACCUCGCGAAGAAGCUCUCGCAGCUGGUGAAGAUGGAGAAGAACGUCAUGCGCUCCAUGGAGCUGGUCGGAAGAGAGCGCAUGGAGGUUGCACAACAAUUGUCGAUCUGGGGUGAGGGCUGCGACGACGACGUUUCCGAUGUCACCGACAAGCUCGGUGUGCUCAUCUACGAGAUUGGUGAGCUGGAAGACCAGUUCGUCGACCGCUACGACCAGUACAGAGUCACCAUCAAGAGCAUCCGCAACAUCGAGGCAUCCGUUCAGCCAAGCCGAGACCGCAAGCAGAAGAUCACCGACCAGAUCGCUCAGCUCAAGUACAAGGAGCCCAACAGCCCAAAGAUUGUCGUGCUCGAGCAGGAGCUUGUCCGUGCUGAGGCCGAGUCGCUCGUUGCCGAGGCCCAGCUGUCCAACAUCACUCGCGAAAAGCUGAAGGCUGCUUUCACGUACCAGUUCGAUGCUCUUCGCGAGCACAGCGAGAAGAUGGCCAUCAUUGCAGGCUUCGGCAAGCACUUGCUCGAGCUUGUUGACGACACCCCAGUCACUCCCGGCGAGACCCGCAAUGCUUACGAUGGCUACGAGGCAUCCAAGGCCAUCAUCCAGGAUUGCGAAGACGCUCUCACCAACUGGGUCGAGCAGAACGCAGCUGUCAAGUCCAGCCUCUCUACCCGUGCACGAACCUUGUCCCAGCGCCGCCGUAACAACGCCUCUGGCCACGACCUCUCCGGCCAGGACGCAAACAUGGACCGUGAGUCAGGCCUUUGGAUCCCAGCCCAGCAGCACCAGGAUGGCGAGUACGAUGAGGAGGAUGCUUCGGUUGAUGCUCGUGGCCGCGAGGAUGAGCGUGUCGCAGCAUAA